GUGGUACGAUCGCAGCAACCAGGUACAGUCGCUAUGUAGAUGGCGAGACGGACCCGAUACAUGUCCGUCUUACGAGCUUGUAUACACCCAAGCGAUGCUCUCGAUUCUUAGAAACCACAAGACUACCUUUGUCUGACUUCCUCUCUCGAUUCCUGUUGUUAUUGAUUACUUCAUGGUAUAUUUGUUUGUUCUCCUCAAUCAUGGCGAACGGCGUUGCUCCAGAGUCUGUAAUUGUAUGUCUCAAGUACUUUACUCUACUUUUUUCCGUCUACUAAUGCACCUGAAAAGCCCAUCGAGGGUACUCUUCUGGCUCUCGCGAUGCUUGUGGCCUCUGGUCGGCUGGUUCCCCGCUUUCUGCAACGACAAUGUCCCACUGUCAGCGAUAGCCUUCUGAUAGCAUCUAUCCUGGAUGCCAUCGGGCUCUUCGUUACCGACUAUCUGACAUACACAUGGGGAGGCAUGUCGGACGAUGUACCAGAGCCAUCGGUAGCUCGUGUGAUUGCGCUUAAGAAGGUACAAUUCGCUGGAAAUGCGUUCUACGACACCGGUAUCUACUGGCCAAAGCUGGCCAUCCUCGCGCUGUACUUCAGGCUCAUUCCGCCAACGAUGCCGUGGUUGCGAAAAGCACUCUAUGCGGUAACCUUGUUUACCGGUACUGCCAUGAUAUCGACGUUCUUUCUUGAUACUUUCUGGUGCGGGCGCCAGGUCUCUCAGAAUUGGUCUCCUGAUGAGGGAGCAUGCAACACCUUCAGUUCAAAAGAAGUUUUUCGGAUCGAUUGGAGCCUCAAUGUCACAUCAGAUUUGUUCAUUUUUGCUUUGCCAUUUCCGCUUCUUCGCUCACUGCAGCUUCGCCGUCGCCAGAUCUGGGGUCUUGUUGCAACGUUCUCACUCGGUGCCGUUACCAUAGCUAUGAGUAUGGUCCGCUUUGCAACGAUAGAGGUCAUAUAUGCUUGGACCAACGUCUAUGUCCUUUCCAUGGCUGAAAUGGCUGUCGCGAUCAUGGUGGUUUCGUUACCGUCGAUGAGAUCCUUCCUGCGACGUGGCACCCUAUUUUCCUCCAACAAGAAGUCGCGUUCUUCCGAGUCUCGUACCUAUGGGCACCAAACACCAGCAUCAGGUUCGCACAACUUCUUGCGACCUUCCAGAAGAGGCAAGCACAGCGUUCGUGUACACACCGAUGAAGACUCAGGCAGCGAAGUGGAGCUUAAUACCAUGGCAAGGAAGGAUGUGAUCUACGAGACUCAUCGCGUUAGUGUACAGUUCUCGAAGUCGCAGGAUGAAGAGCACGACAGCUCUGCAAAGUACCCGUGAGAACGGUUCAGGGGGUGGGUGUUUGCAGUAGAGCUGUAGUUAGAACCAGCCAAGGCAACAAGAAUUAAAGGAUCGGGCCAGGUCCAUUUGUACGAGUUUUAGCAGCCGGAUCAUCUC